UAGCUUUCAAGUUUGUAUUGCAUCAUCGUAUCUGUGAUAUUGAUUACAGCGCACACUGUUGGUUUUAAGAGUAUUGUGUUCACUUGUCAGUUAUAAUUGUAAUUGUUGGUAGCAUGGAGAAAAGUGGUAAUCCUCCCCCAUACGGAUGGGGCAAUGGUUAUCACGUGCAAGUGCAACCACCGCCGGCGGCGCCGCCGAGCUACUCGCAGGCGGUCGGGGGAGUCGGACCCUCUAGCCCCUACACUCCUCAUUAUCCUCCCACUGCCGGACCUCAAAUUGUAACUACAGUUGUACCAGUUGGACCACAGCCUACCCACAUGAUCUGCCCAAGCUGCCAUGCUGAAAUAGACACUGCCACCAAAACGAAACCAGGCCUGCUUGCAUACAUAUCUGGUGCUAUCAUAUUUUUGUUGGGAUGUUUCUGCGGGUGCUGCCUCAUCCCUUGCUGCAUAGAUAGUUGCAUGGUGAUACACCACAAAUGCCCCAACUGUGGGGCCGACCUUGGACGUUAUCAACGAUAAGGAUCUACUCAGUGUUAUUAGCCGUGUAAAUAAUACAUAGUAGUAGGUAAAAUCAUUUUCAUACGAAACGAAAUUAACAAUGAUCUGAAUCCAAAAAUCUCCGCAUUUAAUUUUGCCAGAGAUGUAUUUUUAAGGAUGAAUUUUUAGCAUGUUUAAACCUUAUACUACUUUAACAAUUUACACCAGUUAACUGAGGGCUUAUUGGCCUAAAAAUCGAUUUUUCUUAUAUGCAGACUAUUAAUAUUAACUAUAUGAAUUUGUGCUGCUAAUUUCAGACAAAAUGCCAAAUAACCUUCCAUUUUAUUAAUGUAAUAUGUGUGAAUCUCAGAUUAUUUAGCAGCUGGGUUUAGGCACAGACACUGCAUUAUUGAGCGUUUACAAAGAUCAUGAAGUCACCGGGACACCACAUAUAGGUACAAACAAACAAUUUGAGCAGUACUUUUAGCAGCAGUACCAAGUUGUAUUUUACACCAUUUUAUACUAUAUAAAUAGCCCAUUUAUAUACCCCCAAAGCUAAAUCGUUAUUGGGAGUUUUUGGGUAAGUACUGGUCGUAAUUGUGGACGCAACUAAAAUAUGCGGUCAUGCUCCCAUACAACAUUUAUACCAGUGAUUAUUGUGGUGACCUGGUUUGUCUUAUGUGCUCCGUCUAGUAGUUAAGGUGGUAGGUUUAGGGUCAAAGUAAAUUUCACUCAUGGCUCAUGGCUCUUGGUACUGCAAAACUUAUGAUAGGAAGCAGCUAUCACCAACUCAUGAAUGUCGUUUUUGAAGAGAAUAUACACAGUUCAACAAUGUUUCUACAAUGUCUCUCAUUCCUGAAUAAAAUGUGUCAAAAUGUUAUAUGUAAGUUUGUAUGUUGUCAUCUACAUGGUAUUCGAAAAAUUUCAAUCAAUUGUUCGUAAUAAACUUAAACAUUUAAACUUUACUGUCUUCCGUGUUUCAAUUUCAACAAUAUACAUAGAGUAACUUAAUCUUAACCAUGAAACUAACUUUUUUUAUCUUUUUAAAGUCAUAUUUAUUAAUGGUUGUAUCACAUAAUUACUAUUAUUUUUUGUGAGCCAUGAAUUUAGUAAUUCCGGUUAUGUGUUCAUUUCAGUCAUUACUAAUUUAAGUUGCCUAUUAGAUAUCACAAGUUCUGUAUUUAGUAUCUAUCUGUAAUUAAGGUAAAUUAUAAGUAAGUUCUAGCA